AUGGAAACAACAUCAACAGUGGUAUCAUCACUAUCAUCGGGAUGGUUCCAAUUAUCAAUCUGGAAUCUCUUGAUGGUAAUUGUGGGAUUAUUUGCCCUCUUGCUAAUUCUUCAUACCAUUUCCUUCUUGAAAACCUAUAUUAAAUUCAAGGAUACUCCAGGUUAUGUCAGCUUUUUACCAGCUGUGUUAGAUGCACUUGUAAAGAAGAGAAUUUACGUACACAAUCAAUAUGAAUGUACUUUGGAAGCAUUCAAGAAGAAUCCAAAUGCCAAAGUGGUUAAGGUUCAAAUGGGUGGCAGUUGUCAAAUUCUUGUUGCCAGAGAUCAAGCUUUAAUCAAGGAAAUUCUUGUGAAAAAGUACAAGACAAUUUCCAAAGGAGAAAGUUUGGCACCAGUUGGUCUAUUUGGACCAAACAUGUUCUCUGCAGAUUCUUCAAAUCCACUUUGGAAAAAGCAUAGAACUAUGGCUAAUCCAAUCUUUAGUAGCAGUUCUCACUUGAAGAAUGUAUUUAGAGUUACUUUGGAAGAAACUAAGAAAAUGUUAAACUUUUGGAAGUCAAUUUAUGGAAGUGAAACAGAUGGAUCUAUUAGAAAGGUCAAUGUUACCAAUGAAUUUAAAUCCAUCACUUUGAAUGUUAUUAACAGAGUUGCCUUUGAUUAUGAUGUUGGAAUUUUUGAUAAUGGAGCCAAGUAUAGAGAUGAAUUGCACGAUUGGGUUACUGACUUGUUGACUGGUUUAAUCUAUACCUUUGUAAUGCCAAAGUUUCUGUUUGAAUAUGCUCCAUUUGGAAUUUUCAAGAGAUUUAGAGAUGCCAAGGAAAGAUUCAAAGUAGCUACCUUGACUAUGAUUGAUAAGAAACAAAAGGAAAUGGAUUCUAAUGAAUUCAUUCAAAAGGAUGAUGAAGAUUUACUUACCUUGUUAUUGAAAUCAUCAGCAGCUGCCAGUAGUGAAGAUGAAAAAUUGUCAAGAGAUGAAUUGUUAUCUGCAAUUUUUAUAGUAUUCUUUGCUGGAUUCGAGACAAGUUCUGCCUCUCUCAAUUUCAUGUUAAGAAUGCUUGCCAAGAAUCAACAAUUCCAAGAUGAAGUUGUCAGAGAAAUUGACCAAGAAAUUAAACAUGCUGAUGAUAUUUCCUUUGAACUCAUUACCAACAAGUUGCCUCUCCUCACUUCAUUCAUCAAGGAAGUACUCAGAACCAAGACACCAGUCGGUGGUGGUGCCAGAGUUAUCAAUAGUAAGAAGGGAGAUUUCAUCAAUGGAGUUCAUUAUCCUCAAGGAACCUCUGUAACCAUCUCUUACUUUUCACAACAUUAUUAUGCAAAGGAAGGACACGAUGACUUUGAUCCAUACAGAUUCAUGGAUAAGAAGAGUACAAGUACUGCAGCUGCUACUUCUGAUGAAGUUGGUGAGAAUGAAACUGGAGAAACAUAUGGAAAAGGACCUAUGGGAGAGUUGAAUAUUGAUUUCGGAAGUGAUGGUAUUCUUCCAUUCUCGAUUGGACCAAGAGAUUGCAUUGGUAAGAGAAUGGCCUUGUUGGAGAUGAAGUUAAUUCUUGUCUUUUUGUUGAAGAAUUAUAGACUAAAGGUACCUAAAGGUCUGGAAGAAGCACAAGAUGCCGUUCCAGAAACUUAUAUUGUUACUAGAACAGUCUUUGAACCAUACCUCAUUGACUUUGAAACAAGACAAUAA